GCAUCCAUAAGAUCGAAAGUGGCGGCGGCGCUCAAUACUACUCCAAAAAGUAGAAGUAGGGUGCUAGUAUUGAAGCAAAUGAGGGACCGUACCCGAAAGGAAGUGAGCAAGCUGCAGCACUAGUAUAACCUUUCAUUAACCUCUCCUAAAACUUAUGUCAACCCUCUCACAAGAAAGAUUUCUUGGUGGCGCUGUCUGUCUGUUCUGCUGAACAAAAUGGCGUCGGAAGAUCUGCAAAACUAUCAAAUUCAACUUCAACAGGUUGAAGCAGCUCUGACGAAUGACCCAAACGAUGAAGAUCUCCUGAAACUCAAGGAAGACUUGCUUGAAGUGAUCAACCUAACGUUAAACCUGAUAAGCACAGAGAGUGCGGAACCAACGAGUUCAAAGGCACUAGACAGUCCCAGGCAGAGCUCGGACGAAGGCGGCGUCCCCGACAACCUCGGCUGGUUUCCCGGUGAUAAAUGCCUCGCUCUAUGGAAAGAUGGAAAGUAUUAUGACGCCACCAUCGAGGACAUCAUCGGUGAAGGCCAGGCCACAGUAACAUUCACAGCAUAUGGAAACACCAUCGUCACAAAGCUGACCCAGCUGAAAGCUCACAGCAACAAGAGGUCCAUGAACAACGUCAUCGAAGGUGGACCUAAGACAAAGAAACAGUUGUUAUUGGCUGAGAGGGAAUACAAGAAGAAGAAGGCACAAAAGAAAGCGGUGCGCAUGAAACAGCAAGAAGAAGAUAGGGAAAAAGAGAAGAGCAAGUGGCAAGAGUUCAACUCAAAGGCAUUCAACAAGAACAAAAAGGGUCAAGUAAAGAAAAGCAUCUUUGCAUCACCCGAGAGCAUCAACGGCAGAGUGGGAGUUGGCACCUGCGGUAUUGGGGGUCGUCCCAUGACAGAAUUCCACCACCAAGAAAAGUGGCGCAAGCAGGGUGGUACCUCUGCUGCUCUGUCCUUACCCCCAGGUAGUUCAUUUGUCUAAAUGUUCCCUGUUGGUCAGGUGAGACAACAACCGGGGCCACGUAUGAAGCUCGUGCACGUAACAUUCUUGUCUAUACUGAUGACAAUGAAAAAGAAUGUUUGUUCAAUACACGUAGGGCAAACAAACAUUUGCGAAGCUUUUCCCUCGGGUUGUUCACCUGCUGAUUGUGUAAAUAAUGCAUUAAAGGAUGUGUUGUCACGAUGA